AUGGAGGCGACAUUGACGUAUCAACAUGAUGGUCAAAGCAGUCGAUGCGCAUAUCUAUGUCUGUAGAAACACCACUAGCACAACUAGUGGACAACUACAGUAGCUGCACGUAGACAACAGCCGUCUGCACACACUGGUGGCAACCAAAACACUUGCCUAUCACCAUGGCGUCACAGGUGACAACCAGCCCAGAUGAGAUCUGCAAACUCUACAGAAAGCUCAGCCUGUUCCCUGCUCUGAGUAGAGCAGACGUGGGACCCGUAAUCACGUCCCAGUAUGGUGGGAAGUACAGUAACAUUUACACAGAGUGGAGCCAGUGUGACCUGGAGAGGAAUGAGAAUGUUAAGUUUUGCAAACAAUACAUUGUUUUCCAUGAUGAAAAGACGGUUGUAUACUCUGGACCUUCAGGAAACUGCACUGAAAUCAAGGGAGAGGUGCUGAGUAGAGAUUCUCCAUCUGGAGAGAUGAAGGCAGUGGUGAGAGAAUGCUCUGUCAAAGGAGAGGAGAAACAGUUUCUGGAGAUCUGGAGUAAGAACAUUAAGGCCAAGAGCAUUGACUUGACUGCCCUGAAAAAACAUGGAAAGGUUUACGAGGAUGAACAAUUUGGUUGCCUGGUGUGGUCUCACUCCGAGACCCAUCUCCUCUAUGUGGCAGAAAGGAAGAGGCCUAAGGCUGAAUCAUUCUUCCAGACAGAGUCUCCUGAGUCAUCCUCUACAGGGGAUGAGGAUGAGAUGGGCACAAAACUGGAGACUAAGGAGAAAACUAAGGGGAUGCAGUUUGUAUUCUAUGAAGACUGGGGGGAGGCUCUGGUUGGCAAGAGCUGCCCUGUUCUCUGUGUGUUGGACAUUGAAGGAAACAACGUCUCUCUGCUGGAUGGCGUGCCUGAGGACAUCUCGCCCGGACAGGCCUUUUGGGCUCCAGGGGAUACAGGUGUGGUCUUUGUUGGCUGGCGGCACGAGCCCUUCAGACUUGGCCUGAAAUAUUGUCCCAACAGACAGUCCUCUUUGUUUUAUGUGGACCUAACUGGUGGGAUGUGCGAACAAUUGUCAUCUGGCGACAGUGCAGUGUGCUCCCCCAGGCUCAGUCCAGACCAGUGUAGGAUCGUCUACUUAGAGUGUGGCAUCUUUGGACCCCACAUGCAGUGCAGCAGGUUGUGUAUGUAUGACUGGUACACCAAGAAGUCCUCAGUGGUGGUGGAUGUAGUGAAGAGACCUGGAGAGGAUGGCUUUACUGGUAUAUAUAGCUCCCAACUGUCUCCACAGUGCUGGUCGGCUGACAGUCAGCGCGUCCUCAUUGCCUGUCCCCAGCGUAGCCGCAAGGACCUGCUUGUUGUGGAUAUCUCCACAGGGGGCAUUACUUCUCUGACAGCCAAGUUUGACAUCAGCAACUGGUGUAUCCUGAACAUAGUGAGAGAUCUGAUGGUAGUCAGCUUCUCCUCGCCAAACUGUCCUCCCAGUCUGAGUGUAGGCUUCUUGCCAGCCAAGGACUCCCAAGAGGAUGUUUCUUGGGUUACUCUGGAGGAAGCCCAGCCUCAGAAAGACAUUAGCUGGCAGAUCCUCACCCUCAGCCCUCCCACGGAUCAAGACAACAGCCAAUACCCGGGCUUGGACUUUGAAGCCUUGCUGAUCAAACCAAAGGACGCUCAGGAGGGAGUGAAGCUGCCUCUGGUCGUCAUCCCCCACGGCGGUCCUCAUUCAGUGAUCGUGGCUGAGUGGCUUCUCUCCCCCUCUGUGCUAUGUAGGAUGGGUUUUGCUGUGCUACUUGUGAACUAUCGAGGCUCCAUUGGCUACGGCCAGGACAACGUCCUCUCGUUACCUGGCAACGUGGGCAGCCAGGAUGUACAAGAUGUUCAUUUUGCUGUGGAGAGCGUGCUGAAAGACGGAGGGUUUGACAAGCAGAAGGUCGCUCUUUCUGGGGGCUCUCACGGUGGUUUCCUGGCAUGUCAUCUCAUUGGCCAGUACCCAGGGUUCUACAAGGCCUGCGUGGCACGCAACCCUGUUACCAACCUGGCCUCCAUGAUUGGCAGCACAGACAUACCAGACUGGUGCAUGGUGGAGAGUGGUUACAACUACAGCGCAGACUGUCUGCCUGACGCUGCCAUUUGGGAGCAGAUGCUGAGCAAGUCUCCUAUUAAACACAUUGCAAAGGUGAAGACACCGGUGUUGCUUAUGCUGGGGGAAGAAGACAAGCGUGUCCCUAACAAGCAGGGCAUUGAGUACUAUCGGGCUCUGAAGGCACGGCAGCUCCCUGUACAGUUGUUUUGGUACCCGGGCAACAACCACUCACUCUCCAAAGUGGAUGCAGAGUCGGAUGGUUUCAUGAACGUCGCUCUGUGGUUGGUACAGCACCUAUGCAGAUGAGGCAGCCUGAAGACUAAUACAGAUACAAAGCAGUGGGUAUCAGGCCUAUAACUGUCUACGCUAUCAGGGUACCCCAGAGGUAUAAUAAGACGCUGUGCUUCUCAGGAUAAAGUGAGGUCCAAGCCAAAUGUUUUUUUUUUUUUUUUUUUUUUACAUUUAGGAUUUACUAUCCCAUCCUUAAUUAAUGGCAAAUUCCCUUAUAUGUGUCAGAAAUAAAAUUUGGACUGCAUAACUUUUUCCUUAACUCUCACUGAAUGUAAAAACGUAUAUUACCUUUGGUUUGCUCCUCCUUCCCCACAACCACAAUGAGUUAAACAUGUUAUAUUAAAUUGAUGUUUAAAUAAACGAUUUCAUAAUAAAA